UUUGUCAAGUGCGGCUUUGCAGGCUCCAACUUCCCGGAGCACAUCUUCCCUGCGCUCGUUGGGAGGCCCAUCAUCCGCUCCACAGCCAAAGUUGGGAACAUUGAGAUCAAGGACCUGAUGGUGGGGGACGAGGCCAGCGAGCUGCGCUCCAUGCUGGAGGUCAACUACCCCAUGGACAACGGCAUCGUCAGGAACUGGGACGACAUGAAGCACCUGUGGGACUACACCUUCGGCCCGGAGAAGCUCAACGUCGAGUCCCGCAACUGCAAGAUCCUGCUGACCGAACCCCCCAUGAACCCCACCAAGAACCGCGAAAAAAUCAUUGAGGUAUUCUUUUUAAUUUUUUUAAUAUAUUUAUUGAAGUUUCACAGG